AUGAGCUUUGCCAGGCUUUGGAUCUUGCAGCUGGGCUGGUGCCCCACCAGCUGCCCCCAUCGUCUGACUUCCCACUCUGAUCAAAAUCGCCUCAAUGCACCUAGAGGGCUGUGUGGUCGCUCUGUCAAGGGCAGGAACUGGCAUUGUGCAGUUGUACCCAUUCACUGCAAGAACACAUGUCCUGCUCUUCGCAACACCACCAGCACAAGCGAUGCAGAUGUGGGAAGCCGUCCAUCCUCAGCAGUGAGAUCUGCUGUCAGCGAUGUGUCAUCCAUUCUACUGGGCUCGCUCAUUGCACUGCAGGCUGUGAUUGGGAGUGCAGUGUGGCCAGAUGCAUCAUCUGCAGUGCUGAACUCACCACAGGCUGUGCUGCCACGGACGGCUGAAACAGCAUUAAGGAAGUCGAUACCUGCAUUCAAUGGGGAGGUUCAGGAAGUACAGAACAAUCUUGAGGACAUUGCAGCAUCCCUCAGGAUCCCACAGCGCAAGCCAUGGGGCACGAUGUCGAAGAACGUCGCAGCGGCUAUCGCACUGUCACAAGAUUCAAGGAGGAUGCUCUUUGGUGUCUCUGAUGCUUUUGAGGAACGAGCAAAGGCAUUGCUGGAGGCCAUAAAUCGCACCCUUUACAAGGUGGAAGCUGCUGUGGAUGGUCAAGACCAAGACCGGCUCUCCCUGGGGGUCAACCAGGCCCUUGCCCUGGUUGCAGACCUGAAGUUAUUGCAGGCACCUGGCGUUCCAUUCAUUAUUCCCAAAGAAUUUGACAACCUGUCAAGGCUUACAGGACGUGCGACUGUUGAACUGACCGUGCGUAAGACUAAUGGGACGAAACCCUUCAUGUCCAGGGGUGUGAAUUCGGAUGAGGCCAAAAUGACGAUUGUCCUUGAUGGAUACUCUGCCCCAAUCUCGGCUGGCAACUUUGCAGCCAAUGUUCAGAAUGGCCUCUACGAUGGAAAGCCGCUAUCAGUGAACAAUGUGAGCAUCGCGGCAGGCGCUGGCACUGUCCCCGACAAGCUCAUCCCCUUGGAGAUCCUCCCCGCAGGCCAAUUCGACCCCCUGUAUGGAAGCCCCCUUGACGUGCAGUACGGCGAGCGGCCCGUUCUGCCGCUCUCCAUCUACGGGGCCGUCUCCAUGGCCCAUGCCCCUGGCUCAGAGUCCUACGCGUCAGCAGACGAGUUCUUUGUGUACAAGUUUGAUCGGGGGGCGGCGGGUCUUGCGGGGAUGGCCUUUGAGGAGGGCGCCUUCGGGGUGUUCGGGUACGUCACCAAGGGCGCAGAAGUCGUGGGCCAGCUGGCCACAGGGGACGAGAUAGUGAAGGCCCGGCUGCUGGAUGGCGCCGACCGGCUGGUGGCGCCGAAGCUGGAGACAUGA